GCAUAGAAUAGUUGAAAGUGACAGCCAUCUUGACAACAUGUCUUGGGAAGUCACACGAAGAGGAAUACGAAAUUUAGAGGUACGAUUAGAUGCUGCUUUGAAUCAAUAUUCACGUAUUGCAGCCAAUAUAGCAGGAGCAGGACAGGCAAACGGAGCAUGGCCAGGAAAAGCAACAGAAGAGGGUAGGCGAAAUGGCGUAAAGAGUGAAGGAGAAGACCAUAUACAGAUGGAACAAGAGAUCGAAAGGCUAUUAGCAGAGCUAUCGUCAAGCGUGGACAGUCUAUCAAACUCGCUAAAUGAUCCAAUCGUUCAAGCAUCAGCAUCACAGCAGCAUACAUUACAGCGGCACAGAGAGGUUUUGCUGGACUUUGAAAGAGAUUAUAGAAGAUCAAAAACAAACGUCAAACAAGCCAGAGAUCGUAGGGAUUUGCUGGGAAGUGUGAAGAUAGAUAUAGAAAGCUACAAAGCUCGUCAAGGAAGCGAUGCAGAUGCACUAUUGGCAGAAAGAUCCCGAUUAGACAAUUCCCAUCAGAUGAUUGAUGGCACACUAGAUCAAGCAUAUGCUACCCGCGCUGAUCUGGGACAACAACGGUCCACUUUGGUGGACAUGACUUCAAGAUUGACAAAUACUGCAAGUCAAAUUCCCGGAUUGAAUAACCUGAUCAGACUUAUUCAUCGUAGACGACAGAGGGAUCGUGUAAUCAUGGGCGUGGUGAUCGGAACGUGUACUGUACUAAUACUCAUGUAUCUAACUCGGUAAUGAAGAUUCGUGCAUUUGCACGUUUAACGAAGCUUUAUGGGAGCGAUUUGAUAAAGAGCGAUCUCUGUCUACUUUUCAAGCAUCACACAAUCAAUCAAUCGCAAACUAGUGAUGCAAUCUGUGUUCUUCAAGUGCAUCAGACCUUCUUCAAUAUCCCUUCUCUGUCGGACACAGACGAGCAUAAUGUGCGUAAUGCGGGUAAGAUGAAUUUUGGGAUGCCACAUAUGGAAACAUGAAAUUGUACAUGUCACACUUGGGACAAAAAGGGCAAAGAGAAACCACGUAUCGAGUACUGAACUGGCGAAACUGAACCUUGUCGUUGGCAUCAUACGCCAAUUGUAUGAUAUCCCUUCACCAUAAUGUCAAAAGU